AACGCAUCUCUGAAUUAUCCGUUUUCUCAACAAAUGAUCAUUUGUUGAGACGUUUGAUUAUUACGCUUGUUCUGGUUGAAUAGUAUAAAGGACACAAGUGGAUACACGGUGUGCACGCGGGUGUUGAUUGGUGGGUGUGAAUGAAUGUUUGAAAGUAAUGUAACAGGUGAAAGAGUUGGAAGAGGUGGAAGAGGUGGUGUUCUUCAGGGCCAGAAAUGAGACCCGGGGACAACUGUAAGUGGGAUAGGGGAACACGUCGCUGCUUGGACCCUCGUGCCCCUCUGUGACGGUCAUCGAACAGCUUCCGCCAGGUUUUUGGUGGAAUUUUGUGGUUGUGAGGUGGGGAAUAUAUGGACAUUGUUUGAAGAGGGACAGGUGAUUGUGGAGGAGGAAGGGAAACGGGUACACGCGAGGUUGGGACAGAAUACAUAAAAUAGUCGAGAGAAGGUCGUUGAAUCUUUGACACCAAGUGUUCCUUUUUUUUUUGCCAUCGUGGUUACUGAAGUAGAAUGAUGUUUUCCAGAAUCAUCGUUUUAUUCAUCUUAUCUUUUAUAAUCGGUAGUGCAAAUUCACUCAGCUUUUCGAGUUUUUCGAAAAUUGCUGGGUACGCCAAGUACUUGGCCAUUGGAAAUCUAACGGCAAGUGCUGCUGGUAAUGAAUUAUGGAGUGGUAUAUUGAGGGAUUGCCGGGGCAAGAUGUCAUUCUCCUGCCUUCAGAAAAAUGCAUACUCAUACCUUGACAAUGCAUUUGCGGAACGUGACAAUAUCACGGUUUUCAGUGGAUUAAUACUCAGGAAAAAUAGGCUUGAUUAUGGAGCUUGUACGAAAAAUUGUCAAGACGAUGUUGAUGAGAAUAUUGUGGAUACGGGGAGAAGGGGUAGGGAUCAAAAACAUGAUCGAAAGGCCAGUGACCCGAAUGAGAACCUGUAUACAGAAAAAAUGAGCCCACUUGAGGAAAUCACAUCGGCACUCAGAGAUAAAACAGUUAAGUUCUUAGCGACCAGGAAUUACGAGCUCCAACUGCCCGAAUUUUUUUUCGAUAAUUCGAGGAUUACAAUCAGUCCAAAGGAGAUCGAUGAGAGCGGGGCACUGGUUAGAAUUGAUUUUGGAAAAAACGGUGUCGAGGAGGAGGGAAGGCUCUUCUUCAAGAAAAUUCGUAAAUUCAUCCAGAACCGGUUAUUGAUGAGUUUUCUAGCAUUGAUCCUGAUAAUAAAGUUGAUCAAGGUCAAGUUUAUGUUCAUCAUCCCAUUCCUGUUCGGCGUUGGUACAGCAAAGAAGAUAUUCCUAAAACUUCUCUUAUUCCUCGUACCGGCUUUCGCCCACGUCUUCAAGCUCUGCUCCAGCUACUACAGCUCCCAUUCAAAGUACCACCACCACCAUCAUCACCAGAUUGCCCAUCAUCAUCAUCACGUUCCAGUUCCUGUGCCAGUACCGGCAGCAGUUCCAAUCUUCGACCAUCACUCGCAUCACCCAUCGCACCAUGAAGAAGAGUUCGAUGGUUACGAUUACGCACAUCCACACAUUCAACUGCGAAAGGAUAUGGAGGAAUUGAAGGAAUGGGGAAUCGAUUCAUUUGGCGAGCCGUACGACAAUUCAAAUAUUCGACCAGUUGCACCGGUACCACCGGUACCACCGGCUCUUCCACCAGCAUCUUACGCACCGACUUUCAGUGCCCCACAGUACUCAUCACCUCUCAAACCAAAUGGACUGUCCUAUCAGGAGAAACCGACGAAUUAUCCAACCCACGGACAAUUGUUGGCUUACAACGGCUACCUCGACGAUCAUAAAUUUCAGCGUCGUGUGUCCUCCCAGACAUCGUCAUCUCCUUUCCCGCAAGUUCAACUUGCCAAUUCUUAUCUCCAGCAGACACCCAUAAGUGUGUCCUCAUCCACAUCAAAAUCAAGCCCAGCGCCGAUUAAUCCUGUUUACGUCCAACCAACCUCGGUGACAAAGACGCAACGGGUAAUACAACAGGUGGUUGCAAAAAAUCCAUCGUCCUCACUUGGUCAUGCCAGCAAUCUCGUUCUCCACGAUGACACUUUUUACGGGCCAAUUCUGCAAAAGCUCGAGGAAAUAUUUAUCCAAGGUGGUUUCGUCGAAGAGUCUUGCCGAGAGAGACUCAUCUGCAGCAUGUACAAAAACCCAUCGCUCUAUUCACCGCAUAGCAAUCUCGUCUCCAAUGUGCUGUCCAGGGACCCGAGAGAGCUCAAACGGAGUGGAACUGAGGCGAGUCAACGCUUCCACAAAUAUAUCACCGCUGCCAGCUUCGGACAGGAAGGUGGUGAUUGCAUCAAAACCUACACUUGUCAAUAAACAUAGGAUAGGCUAGAUAAUUUUUCAUUUGAGAUGAACUCAUGUCAAUGAACAAUCAACGGUAUGAUUAAUGUGGUUUUCGGUAUUCCUUUAGGUGAUCUGUUACCUGUCAAUGACAUUUGUAACGGUACCAGAAAUCGCUGUGAAGUCAAAUAAUUUUGUUACUCGAUGCGGCUCUGCUAAUGUUGCUUAAACUGUAUAGUCAUAACGUAAUAGCUCAAUGUAAUUACUCUUUUCAAUUGUUCCCUCUCCCAUGAGUUCCCGCAACUUACCAUUGCAGCCGGUGAGUAAUUAAAUUUUUGACAAUUACUGAGAAUUUCAGAGCGAUUUGAGUUGUUGGGCGAUUACAUUUUUCUCAAAUUGAGAAAGUUUAUUGAUAAUGGGUGUGAGUGUAAGUGAUGUAUUUAUUUUAUGAUGGGCGCUCUUCUUGAUUUCAUUUAUUGUAAUUUAUUUAUUAGUACGUACUCGGGGUGCCAUACCCAAAGAUCGAUAAGAGCUUAGGUAUUAAAAAAUGU